AUGAGACGCGGAUACACUGUCGUUUUGGGACUCGCUUUGGUUGCGUGGCUGCUCGUGGUCUUCCAGCUGUCCCACCGGAGCAAGAUCGAGUCCGCCGACGCCAACGCAAACCUCCAGUUGACUGCGAACGGCGUGUACGACCCGUCUGCCAACAACGGCGACGCCGCUGCUGCUGCCGAAGGCGAGCUGGAUGCGCAGCGAUUGAGGCAGCUCGAGCUCGAAGCCAUCGCACGCCAGCAGCAACUCCAAGCCGAGCGCGAGACCGAGGAGCGCGCCCGCCAGCACGUGCUGAUCAAGGAAGCCGAGGAUCGCCGCAAGCUGGAACUGCAGGAAGAGGAGACGCGCCGCCAGGCUGCUGCUGCUGCUGCGGCGGCGGCGGCGGCAGCGGCUCCUCGAGGAGCAGGCCGCACCACCAACGACAACACCAAGAAGCCUGCGGCCAACCGUGCCAUCAGCAACAGCAACAAUGUUCGCAAGAACAAGCUCAAGAACACAAUCCAGACGGACGAGGAUGUGCAGUCCGUUCUGCACGGCGAGGGCGAGUGGGUCUACAUGGCCGAGGAUGACCCAGAGUACGUGACUCGCAUGGAGCGCCUGCCCCGCUACCUGACGUCGCCCAUCAAGGGCGCCCGUAUCAACUCGCUGUACUGCAAGGAGCCGGGUCGCUAUGAGGAGAUGCUGCGCUGGUCCUGGCGCGCUCCCACCACCCUCGCUGCCGCAGGUACCGACAUUCGUGAGGUGGCCGAAAGCUGCCUUCGCAACAAGCGGAUUGGCAUUGCGGGCGACUCACUCUCGCGUCAGUCCUACUAUGCCUUGACCCUGUCGAUCUACGCGGCUGGAUUCGACAUGGCAGAGCCCCCGGAUGAAGAUGCUGGCUCGUACUCGGCCUACUACCCGCAAAUCAACCUCACCGUCUCGUUCGCCUUCUCGCCCUACCUGCUCGACUUUACUGGCCAAAAGCCCCUGCCUGUCGUCGACUACAACACGCUGCAGCCCAAGGUCACCAAGAUGCUCGGCCUGGUGGACAUUUUCUUCACCAACAUUGGCCUGUGGGUUCACUCGCCGUCGUGGCACGUGCCCGACCAGCCCUUCAGGGAAGCGUUUGAGCGCCUCGUGUCGAUUGGCACGCAAAAGAUGAUCGAGUUCCGCGACAACAACAACGGCUCUCCCUUGCUGAUUUGGCGAACCACCACGCCUCGCCACUACGCCGGCGGUGACUGGGACAGCGGCGGCAAAUGCGGCGGCUCCCAGCCCGUCAAGAAUGCCAGCUACAACUCCUUCCAGCUCGCCACCGAGCAGCGUGAUCAGAACAUUAUCAUCGCCAAGACCCUCAAGGGCACCGGCAUUCCGUUGCUCGAUGCUGCAACCAUGACUCUCCCGCGCGCCGACGCCCAUCCCAAGAAGGACUGCACGCACUUUUGUCUCCCUGGCCCGCCAGACGUGUGGAUGGACAUGUUUUUGCGAAUUGUCUGGGACACGGCGAAAUGCACAUAA